AUGGCUGGCGGACCGAAGAAGCCUCUCAACAUCUUCAAGCACUAUGCCACGGAUGCUCCUAAGGAAAUCUUCAACUGGCGGCUAUGGUGCGCCAUCGUCCCCUUUGCCCUAAUGGGUGCCGCCCGCGGCAUUGACGAGGGUUUGAUCAACGGUGUUUUCACCUCUUCCGCCUUCCAGGAAUACCUUGGCAUAGAGAACAAGGACCCCUCAGAGCUGGCCAAUAUUAAGGGCAAUGUCGUCGCCAUGGUCAAUGUCGGAAGUAUCGGAGGUGCUCUUCUAGCAUUUCUAAUUUGUGACCGCAUCGGCCGAGUGUGGGCUACCCGCGUACUUUGCAUCCUGUGGUCAGUCGGUAUCGCCAUCUUCAUGGGCAACAAGGGUCAUCUGGGCGCUGUAUAUGCCGGCCGACUUAUCGCCGGACUGGGAAUUGGCCAGACGACCGUUGUGGCUCCCGUAUACAUCGCUGAGAUCGCCCCGGCCUCCGUACGCGGUGCUUGUACUUGCUUCUUCACCGGCGCCGUCUACAUCGGCGUAAUCAUUGCGUAUGUUGCCAACUACGGGACGUCCAGAAGCAUGCCCAACUCCAUCGGCCGCUGGCUCCUCCCCACCUCUGUCCACCUCAUGUUUGCAAUCAUCAUCUUCGCCUUGUGCUUCAUCUUCACAUACGAGUCACCCCGUUACCUCGUCGCGGCCGGUCAGCGCGACAAAGCCCUCGUCAACCUCUGCAAGAUCCGCAACUUACCCCCGAGCCACGAAUACAUAGAGCGUGAAAUGUCCGACAUUGAGCUCUCACUCGCUCACGAGAAGGAAGCCACCGCUGGGGUUGGCUUCACCGGUCUACUGAAAGAGCUGUUCCUCACACCGAGCAACUUCUACCGCAUUUACAUCGGCAUUGGCGGCCAGCUCCUAUCCCAGUGGUCCGGCGGUCCCUCCAUCACCAUCUACGCGUCCAACCUCUUCGCCCUCGUUGGCGUCACCGGCACCGAGCAGAGCCUCCUUUCCACCGUCGUCUUCGGCGUCGUUAAAUUCUGCUCCUCCAUGAUCUGCGCUCUCUUCCUCGUCGACGUCAUUGGCCGCAAGAGGUCGCUCCUCAUCGGCAUCGCCCUACAGACAGUUUCCAUGGCGUACGUGGCCGCUUUCCUCACCAAAGUCCCUCGCAUCGCAGAGGCCGGGUACCAUUCGUCGCCCUCUGAAGCCCGUGCCGGCACCGGCGCCAUUGCCUUCAUCUACAUCUCCGGCGUUGGCUGGGCGCUUGGCUGGAACAGCAUGCAGUAUCUCCUCACAGCAGAGCUCUUCCCUCUGCGCAUCCGUGCCUUGUCGUCGUCCCUGGUGAUGUGCACCCACUUCGCCAACGCCUACGGCAACAGCCGCGCAGUACCCAACAUGCUCCUCCCGACUGCGCAAGGUGGGCUGGGUCCGGCCGGGACGUUCUGGAUGUUCGCAGCCAUCACCAUUCUCGGCGGGUUUUGGGUCUGGGUGACGAUUCCAGAGACGGCGGGACGGUCGCUGGAGACCAUGGACAGAGUCUUUGGUCUGCCGUGGUACCGGAUUGGCCUCUUCGGAACCCGCGAGGCUGAGCGUAUCGAUUCUCUGGAAGCGAUUGAGGAUGAGAAGGUCGUCGUGUCUAAGCACAUUGAAGAGAAACGUGACACGAGUGCUGCAAGCCAAUAG